GAUCAUAUUUUUUUUUCUAUUUUCGUUAGCCAGUUUUCGAGUGUUGUAACACCGCUUCAGACAGACGCCCAGAGCCUAUUUAAGACGCAGCUUGUUACUCGAACAAUUUAGUUUGGUUUCGUUUGUUUCCCGAUCAUAUCAAUUCGUGAAUCCUCCGACGAUCAAGUCAACAGUUAACACAAUUUCAAAAAAAAAAACUAAAUGACGCUAGAUCAUUCAUUUUGAAUGAAAGUCAGUCAACAUUAGGAUGUCUUUAGCUACAAUACUAGCCAUUUGGGUAGCAUUAACUGCCCAUUUUAGUGUUUUAUCAAAUGCUGCGCAUUUGCCAUCGAAUGCAUUGGCAUUGCGAAACUCGGAGAAUAGAAUAAAAAUCGAAUUGAUCGAUGUAAAGUGUGACAAAAAUGAAAAUGGAAUGCAUGUGACCAUUCAGUUCUCGCAACCAUUCGAGGGAAUUAUUUACAGUCAGGGUUAUUUCAAUGAUCCUAAGUGCAGAUACGUAUCUGCGGGUGAGGGUGAUCAGUCAUACAAUUUUGUAGUGCCAUUCGAGGGAUGCGGUAGCAAGCCAUCGUGUGCAAUUUGUGAUUCAGUUGAUAAUAUUUUGGUCAUUCAGCAAGACGAAGAGGUGCAAGGUGAAUUCGAUGCAGCGCGUAAAAUAUCGUGUAGUCGAACGGGCGUCGAAGAGGAGAAAAAAGUCUACUUCAAACCGUUUAUUGUACAAAAUUUGGAUGUGAUCACGGUGCCAACUAAACAUGGAGGUGUUGAUUGUUGGAUGGACAUUCAGCGUGGUAUUUAUCCAAAACUGACACCAAUCGGUGAGGUGAUCAAAAUUGGAGAAGAACUCACAGUAUUGGUCUAUUUGCGUGAUCCGAAGAAAGAAUACGAUUUAACCGUUCGGAAUUGUUGGGCUUACGAUAGCGAAGACUUUGAUGACAAGAAAACGGGCAAAGUUCAACUGUCUGAUUCAUCUGGUUGCACAAUUAAACGGAAGCUUUUUGGUUCUUGGCAUAAAACCGAUGAAACCGGUUCAUCAGACGCAACACUACAGUUGUAUAACACCUUAAGAGCGUUCAAAUUUCCGGAUGAGUCUCAAAUUUAUCUCAAAUGUGAUAUUGAAAUUUGCCGUGGAAAUUGCGUUGAGGCAAUAUGUGAUGCAGAUGAUAUUAACAAAGUGGACAUAAACGGAGCUGAUAUAAAUAAAGUCGAUUGUACAUUGGAUCCACUGCAUGAAAAAUGCAUUCGAAAUAAAUUCAUCGAAAGAGGUGGAUUUACGACGAUAGCAAACCAACCACAUCAAUCCGCGAGCACAUCAAAAGUAACGGCACGCGUACCUUUCAAUGAUAACUCAAGGCGUCCAAGUUUCAUUUAUACAACCACACAACGUGCGAAUUAUGUAUCAACAACUCUUCCGGACGAAUUUACAACAACGCUAAAGCCAUUGGUGUGUACUCCCAACUCACAAGAUAUUCGAUGCAUUCAACAGCAAUAUGCUGAAAACACCGUAGGAGCUGAGACAACCACUUUAAGAGAAACUGCAACCUAUCAAAACUUAUUAAAAACUACAACACUUAAACCGGGCUAUGAUUCAUUCUGUAGUCUUUAUCCAAAGCAUAAACGUUGCAAUCAACGUGUAACUGACGAUUUCGGUAGUAAUCUGGAAAUUUUAACUUUUAAACCACCAUCUCCGUUUGCAACGGUCAAAUAUCAACCGACUACGGAAAUUCCAAGUCGAAAUUUGAAAUAUGCGUCAACGACAGAAACUACGGCAAUAACUGAGCAACCGUUAAAUUGUAAUGGGCUAUAUCUGGAUCCAAGAUGUCCAAAUCCAAAGUAUACGGGCUCACCACCCACUUACUUGCCACCAAGCCCGACCAAACAAGUAGUGGUUCCGACGUUUGCACCGCGUUGCUAUCCGGGCUCACUUGAUCCACGAUGCCCGAAAAUUGACAUCUCAACAUCACCUGCAGUCAAACCAACGACAACGCCACCCAUUACAACGACGCCGAAGAAGUUUGUUAUAUGCGUUCCAGAUGCUGCCGAUGAUAUAAAUUGCGAUGAUGAAUCGUCGAAAGUCACCGAAGAACCACCUGCUGAAAAAAUAACCACUCCGCCGCGCAAUCAAUUGGGAACGACAAAACAACCGGAAAAACCAGUCUGCUACUUUGGCUCAACGAACCCAGAAUGUCAAAAAGUUUCAACGCAAAUUAUAACAUUUAAGCCAAGGCCAACCACGACUUCAAUUCCACCCACAACAACGACAACAACAACGACAAAGCCAUUUAUUAGCACAACUCGAGCACCAAUCUGCUAUCCAGGUUCGCUUGACUCGCGUUGCGUUCAACCAACGAAGAGUGUGUAUGUAUCAUUCGGAACAGAGUCAGGAUUAUCUACUGAACCUACAAUUCCAUCGACUCCGGCAGUUCCGAGCACAACGCGCGCACCCAUUUGUUAUCCCGGUUCAAUUGAUCCGAGAUGCCCGAAACAAACAACUACAAAAAAGAUUAUUCCAGAGAUUGUCACCACACGAAAGGUAGCUACUGAGCUUCCGAAGACAACACCUUAUAUACCGACCACAACCGGUACACCAAUUUGCUAUUUAGGCUCUCAAGAUCCACGCUGUCGACAAUCGACCACGAAGAGAGUGUUUGUAUCAUUCGGAACGGAGUCAGAUCUUUCUACUCGACCACAAAUUUCAUCGACUCCAAUAGUUCCAAGCACGACACGCGCUCCAAUUUGUUAUCCAGGUUCACUUGAUCCACGUUGCGUACAGGCUACAACAAAGAAAGUACCAGAGUCAUUCGGUACGACCAGACCUCCGGUUUCUUUCCCUCCAACUAUUCCGAGCACAACACGAGCACCUAUUUGCUAUCCGGGCUCACCCGAUCCAAGAUGCCCAAAAGUAAUUACAACUAAAAAAAUUAUUCCAGAGAUUAUAACCACACAGAAAGUGAUUACUGAGACGCGCGGACCAGUUUGUUACACAGGCGCACUUGACCCGAGAUGCCAAAAACCAACUACAGAGAAACAAUUCAUUCCGUCGAUCAGUACCACACAAGAAGUGUCCAGUGAAAAACCAACCGCUAGUACACCUCGAUGCUAUCCAGGCUCACUCGACCCACGCUGUAUACAAUCGACAACGAAGGGAGUACUUGUGUCAUUUGGAACAGAAUCAGGGCUUUCAACUAGACCACCACUCUCCACUCCAGUCAUUCCAAGCACAACACGAGCACCUUUUUGCUAUCCAGGAUCACCUGAUCCAAGAUGUCGCCAAUUUACAACAGAAAAUCCAAUUAUACAGACUACAAAACCAACACCAACAUUUAAUUUGAUCUCAACAACAACAAUCAAGCCGCAAUUCAGUACAACACAAACACCAGCGAGAUGUUAUCCAGGUUCGUUAGAUCCUCGUUGCUCGUCGAAACAGUUAGUCGUUCCAUUGCAAUGUGGACCAGGCUCAUUAGAUCCACGUUGCCCCAAUCCAACACCAACCGCUGAGCCUGCAACAUAUUUGCCUCCAAAACCCACAUCGACGUAUAAUACACAAAGACCACCAUUGACUACGACGACAGUACAACCAUUUAUUUGUACUUCAAACUCAUUGGAUCCACGUUGUAGAUUAGAUACAACGCUCAAAUUCAUUCCAAGUGUCACAACUGAAGGAACAACUGCCGCAUUUUCACCUGAAACAACGCAAAAAAUUGUGCCAACGAUAAUAAUAACUCAGCGACCGACAUCCCCAACAACAACAAGGCCUCCAUUUAGUUUCCCGUCGUUUACAACGACGAUACCAGUGAAAAUAAGCACAACAAAUCCACCAUUGAUUUGCUCUCCAAACUCAUUCGAUGCACGGUGUAGAAUUGGUACAACCGUUACUACCGAAGGAACGAUCACCACAGUGUCGCCCGAAACGAUAACAAGAUUUGUGCCGUCAGUAACAACAACAACACUUACACAAGGGCCAACAUACACCACAACUACAAGACCUCCAUUCAGUUUUCCUACCUUUACAACACGGCCACCAACUAGAAUCAGCACGACAAUUCCACCUUUAAUCUGUACUCCCAACUCAUUGGAUCCACGGUGUAGAAUAGACACAACAACAAAAGCUAUUCAAACUGAUAUCACAAGUUCAACAACUACUCCUGCCCCUGAAACAACUGCAAAAGUGGUUCCAACGACAACACAAAGGCCAACAUACACAACAACUACAAGAUCUCCGUUCACCUUCCCAACAUUCUCAACGAGACGAAUAAUUUCUUCACCACAACCAUUCACUACUCGACCAACGACUAAACCCACGUCUACGACAACUGAAAGUGUUCUUUGCUAUCCAGGCUCAACGAUUGAAGGAUGUAAGAACACAUUCACAACACCCGCCUAUUGUUUCCCUGGCUCAAAAGAUCCACGCUGUCCACAAUUACCACCAUCAUUCAGUACGCGACAACCGUCAACGUAUUUGCCACCAUUCCCUGAUGUCAGAUUGAAUCGAGUCAGACGCCAAACUUCAGUCGAAAACGAACCAACGCAUGAAAUUGUGAAAUUUUCACUUUCAUUCAAACCAUUCAAUUUUAGUUAAAACCCUUUGCUACAUAUGCCCAUUUGUAUAAGAAUUUUCGAACAAAAAAUAAUGCAAAAACGUCUGAGUUAAUUAAGUUUUUGAUGCCAUAUUCUAUUCUGCCUUAUUUAGAUUACCGCAAUUUUCGAUGAAAGUGCUUUGAGUAAUUUAAAUCGAUUGAUAAAACGAAUAAUGAAAAGAUAUUAUAAA